AUGAGGACUGAGAACAUCACCUCUGUCACACAGUUCAUCUUGGUGGGACUCUCCAACCACCGCAAGACUCAGAUUCUUCUUUUUGUGGUCAUCCUCCUUGUCUACUUGCUUACCAUUGUGGGGAACCUGGUGAUAAUCAUGCUGAUCCACAUGGACUCCCACCUCCACACACCCAUGUACUAUUUCUUAACACAUCUGUCCAGCCUGGAAAUCUGUUAUGUCACCAGUACAGUGCCUCAGAUGCUGACUCACCUACUGAUUGGCAAUGGAGCCAUCUCCUUCACCCGUUGUGCUGCACAAAUGUACAUUGCUUUAUCUCUAGGUAGCACUGAGGGCCUUCUGCUGGGCGCCAUGGCCUAUGACCGCUACUUGGCUAUCUGCCAUCCCUUAGUCUACGUCAUUGCCAUGGGCAGGUGGCGCCAGUUGCAGCUGGUUUUUGCCUCUUGGGCAGGUGGCUUCCUCCUCUCCAUAAUGAAUGUGGGAUGUACCCUGCGUCUCCCUUUCUGCGGCCCCAACCACAUCAACCACUUCUUCUGUGAGCUGCCGGUAGUCCUGAAACUUGCAUGUGCAGACACUCAUGUUACAGAGGCUUUAUUAAGAAAGAACCUCACCUCUGUCAAGGAGUUCACCUUGCUGGGAUUCACCUACCACCGCAAGAUGCAGGUUCUGCUCUUUGUGGUCAUCCUUGUCAUCUACUCACUCACCCUGGUGGGUAAUGGAAUGGUCAUCGUACUAGUGCGGGCCGACUUCCGCCUCCAUACCCCCAUGUAUUUUUUCCUCACUCACCUCGCAGGCCUGGAGAUUUGUUAUGUCACCAGCACGUUGCCCCAGGCGCUGUUCAACCUUCUGUCUGGAAACCGAACCAUCUCCUUCAUCGGCUGUGCAGUUCAGAUGCACUUGAUACUGACCUUGGGUGGCACUGAAUGCGUUCUGCUGAGCGCCAUGGCCUAUGAUCGCUACCUGGCCAUCUGCCACCCCUUGCUAUAUGCAAUUGUCAUGGACAGGUGGCGCCAGUUGCAGCUGGCUUCCUUCUGCUGGGGAGUAGGCAUCCUCCUGGCGACGAUAAAUGUGAGCUGCACCUUUCACCAUCCUUUCUGUGGCUCCAGCCACGUUAACCACUUUGUCUGUGAGUUGCCAGCUGUGUUGAAACUUGCAUGCGCUGAAACCCGUAUCACGGAAAAGGUUGUUUUCGGGACGGCGGCACUAAUCCUCUUGGGUCCCUUGUCUGUUAUUCUGACUUCUUAUGGGCUCAUUCUAUCCUCAGUAUUAAAAAUGAGGACAACGGCGGGACGGCGCAAGGCAUUUUCCACCUGCGCCUCCCACCUGAUAGUGGUCACGGUGUUCUACGGUACUGUCAUCACAAUGUACAUGCGGCCUGGGUUGGGCUCAGGUUCUGAUUUGGACAAGAAAAUUGCCAUCUUUUACAUUGUGGUCACUCCCCUGCUUAACCCAAUAAUUUAUACACUGCGGAAUAAAGAUGUCCACGGUGCAGUAGUCAAGGUGCUUCGAAGGCGAGACUUUGGAGAGAAAGGUUGA